GGUCCCAUCCCCAGGGGUCACUGCAGAACAUCGUGUUCCUUCACAUUGGGGCACAACAGACAAAUCCCUGGCAAAACAACAUCUCAUGUAUCUGGGACUCUCAGGGGAGGCUGGAGCCAAUGUGGCUACUGAUAAGGUGACUGCUUGGCACACACCCUGCCCCCUCCCAGGGGCUAAAUAACUGACUGUUUAUAGAGAGCCCACAGACUGUGCCAAGAAGCAAGUACAGAAGAGACAGUGAGAGCAAUGGCAGCACCAAUCAUCUUCCUCCUUUGCCUCCUUCUGGCUUUUGAUGCUUCAGAGGCCCUACUUUAUGUCACUGUUGACCCUUCUCUGCUGGUUGUGAAACCUGGAGACACGGUGCAGCUCAAGUGCCUCCUGAAGCUGGAGAAGCAAGUGGAGCCAAGCAAACUGAUGGUGCAGUGGUUCACCCGUGGGGUCCAAGUGGCCGAGUACGACAGGAAGGUGACUAUUGACAAGCCAGGGUUGUCCUUAUCAGAGGAGGCGCUGAAGAAAGGUGAUGCCACCCUGACCAUCUCAUCAGUCAAGGAGGAAAAUGCCGGAAACUACCGCUGCUACGUCUACUAUGGCUCAGAGUUCACCAUGAAGCAGAUUGUGCUGAAGGUUGAAGAUCCCAACAAGCCAAAGCAAGAGGAAGAGGAGAUCCUGACGGACGGACAGGUCUAUAAGAAGAUCUUUGAUUGGAUGGGGAAACUCGAUGGAAAGGUGGAUGAGCUACUUACCGACACAAAGAAGUGUUUCCCCCAACGCCAGCCCAAAUCUGCAAAGUAACCCCACUUGUUCCAUUAUCCCCCACUCACAAUUAAGCAAUUAUAUAUUCUCCUGCUUAUACACUUACAUCUUAUAUUUUAUUUGUCUCCUAACAUAAUAGUCAAUUAUAGCUCCUGUCUAAUGAGUCAUGUUAAUUACUCUGCACCUCCCAACUGGGAAUAUUGGUAUCUAGGGAAUAAUUCCCUUAGCAACACAUUGCACACCAUCUCUUCUUAGAACACGACCCAUCACUAACCUUUGCACUUGGACUUCUCCUUUAAUUCAUUCCCUUUUGUAAACUUGUUUCCACUUAUAAAAUGAUAUAAAGUUUUUCUUCUUUGCAAAUACUUUCUCUCGUUGGUACUGUGACUCCAAUUGGUAUUUCUGAUUCAAAUAAAUACGUCUAAAUGGCU